UCAUAUUCCCAACGUCUGCGUUUCACGGAGUCUACACACUGAGAGGAAAAUCAUCUUAAAUGUCUUAGUGGAGAAGUAUCGGCCAAUCAUCUUAUUAAGAGAGCAGAUCGCACCCUCCAUGUUGCCUACUGCCAAAAACCAACAGCAUUCUUGUGGUUGACUUUCCAAAGCGUUUUCUUUAAAUUUUCGUGCACGCAUCGCUUGCCUCUACUUCCAUGAAAGUACUGAGACUAACUACCAUCACAAGUACAACCGUCUGCAUCUUCAGACAUAAGGACAUUGAAUUUUAUUAUCUUGAGGAUUUCUAGAACGACUUGUGUCUGAAUGAAAUCGAUUUUUGCCGAUUCUCGGACUAUCUGUUAAGCUGCAUUUUGCAUUGGGGACAUUAGGAGUUUCGCUUUGCGGACAAGAACAUGCUUACCGUACUCACAAACAGCGGUUAGUCAUCAGAAGUAAGAAAAACAACAAGUUGCAAGAGAGAUAAAAGGUGGCUUCCGAGAAACCUUCGGCAUUGCAAUGUCCUCCCAACUCCGGCUGAUGAAAGAAACACCACCAUAACCAAGAGAGAACCGAAUCCUUAUUGAUUACGUUAGACGAAAAAAGACUUAAGGAUGACACUGACUUUGGAAACCUUGUUCUCGGUUGUCAUACUAACGCUGACCACGUUGGCUCAAGGCAUCAUUGGUCAGAAGAUACCCAGUAGUAACAGUGCCUACACACAAUUCCAGCUCACCCAUACAGAGAUCUUAUACGACACAAAGGCUCUGCCUGAUGGGACCGAGGUGAUGAGUUUCCUUUACAAAGGAGACAAACAGAGAUUUUAUUUCAUCGUGGACGAAGAUGAGAGUCCUCUGAUUAUCAAGGUGACGCCCUGCGCUUCUCCUCUGGAGUUCAAGCUUUACCACGGAGAGUUACCCGUAGAGGAGCGGAGUGGCUCUGGACAAGUUGAAACAGAUGAAUUCCUGCAACAGAAGCGGGCAAUCUUGCCAACGACAACGCCUACAUCUAGUCGACCUUUGACCUUGCAGGAAGGGGACAGCAUCAUGUCAUACACGGCUUUUACCUCAUCAUCCGGACUGUAUGUGAUAGAGGUGACAGCUCUUACUAGUGAUACCAGCAUUAGGCUUUAUGCGUCCACAACGCAAGCUGACCACUCCUACCCAGAGAUACCAAUAGGGGAGGACGCAGUCACCGUGACCAGCGUCAGUGAAACCUCUGUCCACGUCUCUUGGGAGCCAAGUCCUAGCGACGCUCUUCAUAAUGAUCCCAUCGAGUAUUGUGUCAUGAUAAAUCAAGAGAAAAACAUGAAGACCAUGUGCGCCGCUGAGGCGUACAUGCACGGAAAUUCCGCGCCAAAACUUCCACCAAAUCUUGGAUUUGGAUUCACCUGGGAAGGGAGGGAAAAGAAACGGAGACAGGAGUCGCGUAUAUCUGCUGCAGAUCCAAGUGAAUAUUUCUUUAUUUGCAUUGGAACAAAAACAAGUUAUGCUUUUAGCGAUCUUCAAUUUGGUGAAACGUAUUACGUUGACGUUUUUGCGGUGAACCAGCAAACGAAUCAGAGCACAGCGUAUAACGGCACUUCAUUCGAGACACCUUCACAUCCUUCUAUGUUCAAGGAAGUGCAGGAUGGUAGAAUUACGUUUGAUUACAUCAAAAAAUCAAGGUCGCGAUAUUAUAUGUACAAUCUGACCCAAGAAGUAAGUGAACUUCUGUUUUCGGUUCAGCCGUGUUCUGGACACGCACAUGUUCAAAUAUCACGUGAUGAUGAUGUGAUCACAAGCGGUUCAGCAAGUAAACUCCGUCGUUUUAUCCUGGAAAACCCGAUCCUUGGGGAAUACAAAAUAUGUGUCACUGGAAGCAGAAGACAAGGAACUUCUUAUAAAGUAUUUGUGUCAAAUAAUCAUAGAAAAUAUCCAUAUCCAAAACUCCCUGAAGACACAAGUAUAAAAAGUUUUGAAAAUCUACGGAAGUGCAAUUCCGUGACGGUUGCUUGGCUUUCCACACGAGAGACAUCAAGAUAUUGUUUAUACAGGAGAGAAAUACACAGUAAUCAAAUCAGUGACUUUUAUUUGAAGCCUGACCAAUGUAUUGCACCGGAGUCUCGGAGAAGGUCUGAGAAAGUGAUGUGCAGACGAUUUAGAUAUAAAGAAAGGCGGCGAUCUGCUGUCGUGCACAAAAUUGAAGGUUUGAAACCCAAUAAACAAUACGUAAUUGAUGUUUACGUCACAAAACGUCAUGGGGGUCAAACGUUAAGUUUACAAACCACCGCUAUUAGAACACGCCAACACUGUGACGAAUAAUGUUGAACAUGUA